AUGGGACUCCGCCCGCCAUCCCCUGCCCCCUCGAUUGACGGCUUGGCGCAACUGCGGCAAUACAUUGAUACUGGCGCCGCUACGCUGUUCAUAGAACCCAACGGGCUGGAUACCGGGGUUGCUCAGGCCAAUGCGGAGGACCCCUCGAGGUACCGAGCGCCGAAUAAUGCUGGGCGCAUGGCGUCGUACAACGGAUUCGAAAAGGGUGCCGAGACCCUGGCCACGAUGGGUUACUCGCACGACAACGGGUGGGCGCUCCAUCUUGGCAAUCAGGGGCAGGACGGCCAGACGAGCCUGCCCUCAUCGAAUCACUACGCUGCUGGCGCGCCUUUCGGGGCUGCGCUGGGGGAUUCAGAUCAGUACAACCUGGACAAAGUACCCUUCACUCCAGAGAGCUCGCCACCCGUCGGGGACUGCGGCACGACGCGAACGGGUGUUGGUCUGUCGAAGCGUUUACGGGCAGUCCCAGACGCUACUCGUGCUCGACGGCCGCGGGCGGCCAGCAGGAGACGAAACCAGGCCGGGGCCGCGAGAAAAUCAUUCUUCCUCAGACAGCCGCUGAGCGAGAUAUCUGCCGAGUCCGGUGACGCUCUCGUCUUCGACGUCGAUAGCUUUGUGCACCGGCCCCCGGAAGUUCGAAAGCAGGAGCAGAAGAAGCAGGGCAAGGUGAAGCGUCCGCUCAACGACUUUGUGCUCUACCGCAAGGCGUAUAGUGCGGUGGCGAAAGCAAGAGUGCUCUCCGAGGAGAACAAGAACAACCAACAGCUUGUUUCUCAGAUCUGCGGGGAGUCGUGGGGCAUGGAGACUGCUGCCAUCAAGGCCACGUUCAAGAGAUUGGCCAACGUGGAACGAACUAAACAUUUCCAGGCCUUUCCAGACUACAAAUAUGCGCCCAAGUUGGUCAAGAAGGGCAAAGGCGAGACCUCGACGAAGGAUGCUGCGACCACGGACCAGAUCGUCGCCUCUAGCCAUCACGGUUCGAUGGCGAUGCCGUCAGCCCAGAUGCUCCAUCCACCAAACCACGUAGCGUACAUGCCGGCAGCGAACACAAUGGCCAUGGGCCGGCUGCCAGAGUACGCGCCGGUGGGGCCCUAUUGGUACCAACCCGGAGGGCAACAACUUGUUGCAUUAUAUGGCGUUGGACAAACGGGCUACCCCGAUGGCCAAGACAGGCUCGAACACGAAGACGCACGGGCGAGGGGGGAAGCGCCGCCGCAGCCGACCAGCUACGAGCUGCAACCAUCGCUACAGGGGAUGCCCGCUCAACCGCUGCCGGAUCUCUGCAUUGACCCAUCUCUCCUCCCGCGCGCAGGCGAGCCCGCCUACCAGUAUGUGGACCCCGGAGACUGCGUGUUGGCGGCGGCGGCUGGACCAGCGCUGGACCCAGAGCUCGGCGACAACUUCAUGACGGCAAUGCCCGAUCUCGACGUCGACGGCGCCCACAAUGCUUAUCUGCGGGGGACCCAAGGCGACUGGGAGGUCGAGUUCCUUGAUGAGGGCAGUCACUUCAACGACUGGAUGGCACAAGAAGAACACGCCAACUUGCAGCCAUGA